GAUCAGUAGCUGAUUGUCUCUCCGCCAAGCCUCUCAUAACACCAUCGAAAUAAUCGGUAUUCGGACCACUUAAUUGUUUCACUCUUUCUAACGCCUCCCUGCAGGAUUUAUGAAUAUGUGUAUGUUCGGAGUGUAUUUUGACAUAAUUUCACAUAUUAUAUUGUUUUGCGUCAUUCAACUGAUCAGCGCUACAGGAAAUGAGGCUGUAGAAACAACUACAUCACAACAAACACAAGGCAUUCACUGGUCAUCCCACUGCAAAAAUGGAGGAACUGGAUUCUUUGGCUCUUUCUGUCACUGUCCACCAGACUUUGAAGGUCGUUUCUGUGAAAUAAAGAGAGAACCGCAUGCUGGUUGUGGCUACAUUCAACAUGGCCGUUGGGUAAAGGAUGAUUGUAUGACCUGUUACUGUCUCAAUGCUGUGAUAUCAUGUACUGAUAACAGCCCACAGAAAUGUUCUACUCAUUAUGACAUGGGACUUGAUAAAGUUUUAAACAUGCAGAUUGAAAAGAUUACAAAGGGAGAAGCAUCAAGUUCCUCCAGCAAUACCACUGCAACAUUAUUACAUUUACUAAUACCAAGCAUUUUAAUAUUACUUGUUGUAUUAUAAUAGUUGGUCAAUAUUAAUUUUUAUUAAAACAAAUGUGAUGUGAGCUAA